UUUUUCAGUUUGCGUCACUCUACGAAAUUCACACAAUGCUGUGAGCACCACAAAACAAACUACUGCUGUGGCCGCGUUUGGGUCUCCCUCGUGCCGCGGAAGACCUCGAAAUGAGCGCAGGGAUAUGUGGAAGUAACAGCGGAGAAACAACUAACAGUGCAGAAAUGUUUAAUUGAAGUGCAUGUGUCGCAAUGGCGGAAGUACCCUCGGGACUGUUGGAGGCAUGCGUGGUGCUUGGAGCCUCCAGUGAUAAGCUCAGAGACGUGUACCAGCUUCAUCAACAAAAUAAGUUUGUGGAGUUUCCCCUUCUGGAUGCAGAGGUACUGCAGGUCCAUAUCCCGCCUUUUGUUUCCAAGGAGGCCAAUUCCGGUCAUGUGAUUGGUCCUUCCUUUAGCCGUGUGCAGCGGCGGAGAAGCUUCAUCAAAAAGAAGAGGCGGAACCGCACUCCAGACUUGACGCAUAACGGAGGAGCCGCCAAUCAUUCAGAGGUAUCCUCGGCGACGGAGGACAUCAGCGUGCCGAAGGAUCUGGACCUUAUCGCUUUGCCCCAGCUCUGUUUUCCCGGUGGUCUUCAAUUGGCCAGCGAGCAGAGAGAAGAUGCUUAUCACUUUUUGGUUUUUACCGACCUGUUGGGGAACCGAACUCACGGAGUUGUAGCGCAGUGCUACAGAGCUGUCCAGUCCAAUCAGGAAGCUGCCCUCCAGAACGGCCAUCGGUGGAUUUCAUCGAAAUGCCGUCUUUUCUCGCCCUUUGCCGUGUGCGUCAUCUCCAAGUUCCCCUACUACAACGCCUUGAGGGACUGCCUGUCAUGUUUGCUAGUCCAGUUACGGCCUGCGAGACAAGCCGACUUAGCGGAAACCAUGAAGGAGUUUUCCGCCAAGUUGUCCCUCGUCCCUUUACCGCCUCCUGGACAACUACAUGUGUCCUUUAGCCUGCGUCCCCUGCUGGUGGUUCUUCCAUCCAAGGAGGACCAUGACGGCCCCAUCAUCGACGUAGAUUUGCACUUGCCUUUGCUGUGUUUCUCACACACAACACUCCUCCAGAUCUUGUCCUGCCUCCUCCAAGAACAACGGCUCGUCUUCUUCUCAUCCGACUGGGCCAGACUCACUCUAGUUGCAGAGUGCCUCUUGCUUUAUCUGCAGCCUCUCACCUGGCAGCACCCUUAUGUUCCCGUGCUGUCUCGAGGAAUGCUGGACUUCCUGAUGGCGCCCACGGCUUUCCUCAUGGGCUGCCACAUUAGUCAUUUUGAAGAAGUGGCUGCGGAGACGGAAGAUCUCAUCCUGGUCAAUAUUGACGAUGGUAUCAUUCAGUCAUCCUGGGCAGAUGUCAUCGACCUAGCCGCAAUUCCUCUGAGCGCAGCUGAGUGUUUCAUUUCGAGAGCCGAGUCGCUCCAGCUUCACUACGAUUUGGAGCAGUGUCACCUGGGAUCGGCCACCGAUGCCAUCGCUCUGCAAGCUCAGCGGCGAGUCUGGCAAGGACGACUCAACAAGCAGAUACAAAACAUCUGCCUGGAGCUCUUGGUCAACAUCUUCAGAGGGGUGCAGGACUUUCUCAACCACGAACACAGAGUUUUUAACAGUGAGGAGUUUUUGCGCACCAGGGAGCCAGCGGACCAGCCCUUUUAUAAGAAGGUUUUAGACACUCACAUUUUUCACUCAUUCCUGCGAGACAGGCUCAACAGGAAACAGGACAGCUUCAGCCGCAUGGAACAGAGGACGCGCAACAUAGCACACAGGAAUCACGGCGUGACGGAGUCGCCCCGCCGUCCUCCCAUGUCGGAGCUGUCCUGGAAUGGCUACAGCAGCUACGCCAGCCCGGACAACCGACUGAGCAAGCGCCUGGGAGCCAGCAUGCCCAACCUGGACCAGCCGUCCCACGAAUCUCUCACUGCCAUCAGCCCGGUUAGGCCAGCAUCUCUCCGGAAGAUGACCCCUGACAUUGGGUUGAAGUGUCCACAGAAAGCCGUGAAGGUUUUCCGCCUUCCCGAAUUCCCCCCUCCUUUGGCGUAUCAUUACGUCCAAAACUAUUAUUCGGAAAUGGUUGCAAGCUUGGACAAGGCUAUAAACGCGACUUCUCCUGAUGAAUCUGCCCUGCUGGCUAGGUAUCAUUACCUGCGUGGUUUGGUCAACACGGUGUCAAACAGACGUCUUGACGCUUUAGAGGACUUUCAGGGUCUUUAUAAGACAGACUCUGACAUCUUUCCUUUGCAGAUGGUUAAAUCUCUUGUGGACUCCCUGCCAGAAGCCGACCGUUUGCAGGCGGAUAAGCGGCCAGAACUGAAGCGCCUCAUUGUCCGCCUCAAGCGGGACCAGGAGCGCGAGCGAUACGACGCCAAGCACGAGGAAGGCACCGUAAAACGCUUCCAGCUGCCAAAAAAGUACAUGCAGCUGGAUGAGUUUGUGAAGUGCGUCCAGGAAUCCGGGAUGGUGAAAGACCAGGGGACCAUUUAUAGGCUUUUUGAUGCACUCACUGUUGGGCAUCAGAAGCAGGUUGGCCCCGAGUUGUUUCGCGUUUUCUACACCAUCUGGAAAGAAACUGAGGCUGAGGCACAGGAAGUAUGCCUGCCCGCAUCUGUGUUGGAGCACAUCGAACCCAGCGAGUGCGUCUUCAAGCUGUCCUCCUCGGUCAAGACGAGCCGUGGCGUGGGCAAGAUCGCCAUGACCCAGCGGCGACUUUUCCUGCUUACCGACGGGCGGCCCGGCUACGUGGAGGUGGCACAAUACAGGGAUUUGGAGGAGGUAAAAGUGUCCUCGGCUCCUUUCUUGCUAUUGCGAAUCCCCAGCUUGAAGCUGCGUGUGCGGGGCAGGAAGGAGGCCUUUGAGGCCAAUUUGAAAACGGAGACGGAACUUUGGAACCUGAUGGUCAAAGAGAUGUGGGCUGGUCGUGACAUGGCCGACCAGCACAAGGACCCCCAGUACAUGCAGCAAGCCCUGACCAAUGCCUUGCUCAUGGACGCGGUAGUGGGCAGCCUUCAGAGCAGCAAGGCCACUUACGCCGCAUCUAAACUGGCUCACUUUGACCGCAUCAAGAUGGAAGUGCCGAUGAUGGUUCCCAGGACGACGGCCGAGACGCUCAAGCACAAAAUCAACCCUUCGCUGGAACUGGCCGCGCCUCGCGCCAUAGACGUUCUUCUCUACACGCCAGGUCAGUUGUGGGUAUCUGUGAGUGGCGGCAAGGUGAUGGUGUUUGACGCCUCCAGCUGGUCCCUGACACACACUUGUCAAGUCGGCAACGCAAGACUGAACUGCAUGCUGGCUGUGGACAAAGACCAAGUGUGGAUGGGCUCCGAGGAUACCGUCAUCUACAUCAUCAGCAUGGUGGCCAUGGUCUGCAACAGGCAGCUGACAGAUCACAGGUCCGAGGUGACCGGACUGGCCCUCGACACGGAUAAAUACAGUCAGAAGGUGGCGUACUCCUGCAGCGCAGAGGGAACCGUCAUGGCGUGGGAUGUUUCCACAUUGCAAGUGAAGAAGAACUUUCGCCUCUCCUGUGACCGCCUGCACUCAGUAUACUGCAGCAGCGUGACCCUGUGGUGCUGUUCCAGGGACAGCAUUAUGGAGGUGUGGAGGAACGGCUCUUUAAAGCAUCGGCUGAACCUACCCGAGCAACACAAAGGCUCUGCAGCGACAUUCAGUGCUGUACUGCUGUUACCUGAGAGGGAGGAGGUGUGGAGCAUAUGCGUUGAUUCUGGAGACGUAUGCAUUUGGCCCACGAAAGAUGCGUCGAAGCCCUACCACCGAGUGGCACUACAGGACUGCACUGGAUGUCACUGCAUGAUUAAAGUGAAAAACCAGGUGUGGGUCGGCGGAGUCGGACGCUCUUCCAGCAAAGGGAAGGUCUACAUAUUGGAUGCGCAGCGGCGCCAGGUCCUCAAGGAGCUACACGGCCACAGCGACAAGGUGACGACGCUGUGUUCGGCCGAGGACCGCUACGUCCUCAGCGGCGCCGCCCAACACGAUGGGAAGAUUGCUAUCUGGAAGGUCGAGUAAGAAGUGUUGUUUAAAAUUGUUGGGUCCUCACAUGAUUCCUUUCACUUGCGCACACGUGUGUAGGGAAAAUGGAGACUGACGCAGAAAAGCGGUUUCAGCGUCGACCUUAUUCCCUCAGUAUCGACAGUAGUAUUACGUGGAGGCUUUUGUAAGCCAGGCCUGGCCUCCAGCUGUGAAUUCAUACAAUUUAGUGGAACUUAGUGGAACUUUUUAUUCCGCUCGUGAGUUUUUUCGUGAGUGACACAUCUUUGCCAAAGAUGUCACAAAAGAUGGCAAAAGACACAGUAACCCUCGGUUUAACCCAGGAUGAGCGUACACGAAUUAUUUACCAGUUAUAUGUACCAUAAUAUUUCACUUGGUUGCUGCCUUUUAGCAGGCAUUUUUUCCAACUCUUUUUCAGUCUGAUGUUUUUUUAUAGAAAACACUAACAUGGAAUUGGCACACUAAUUUCACCCAGCAAUUGGACAGCUUUGGGGGUAGAAUGGGAGUUGAAACAGAGGCUUCGAAAUGCAGGCAGUUGUCCAACUUUUCCUCAUGUUGCUAUUCUGUGUAAAUUGCAUGGAAUGCGGCGGCAAAAAAAAAAAACUGACCUGCACUGGACCAUUUAAUGCCUUUGAAGACAUCAGACCUGUAACAAUCGCUAGAUCUGACAUUUUUUUCCACGUUACUUUUCUGUGUAUAUGGCACCAUCAAUCCAUGAAAUGUAAGAAUGGAUUUGACUGCAAUCAAUGACAGGUCAUGUCAGAGUCCAAACAAACGCAUAUAAAAUCUGGCUUUUUUUUUUUUAUCUUGUUGCUUUUCUGGAAAUGGCACCAACACGGAAUGACGGGGAUGCCUUCGAAUGAAUUCCGCAAUGCCGGGAAGCAAGUGUGAAGUUGAAAACUCACCAUGCACUUCUUGCCCUCUUGUGUUGAAAGCAACUCUCACAGUCACGUGCACCAGCAUUCUUUUUUUUUUUUUGUUGUCCCACCUUUAUUGGAAUAAUCCUACCUUUUGUGAGGUUCUGUGUAAAAUGCAGGUGGUCUUCUUAAAGCUCCAAUACAGUAUUUGUGCAGGAGUCUGUACUAUUGCUGCUUUAGCCAUAUUGUACCGAAUAGCCCGGACAGAGCCUUGCAGUUCAAAAAGUAACGUUUCAGAGAAAAUGCAUGGUCCUCAUGACACUUUUUCUAUUCGCCAUCAUUGUAUAAAGUUCAGCUUUUAUUAAAAUUCACCUCACUUCUGUUUUAAAGGAACAAACAUGGAAUGGUAUGGAUGAAUUUGACCCCACGGAGGUCGUGACAGGGUUGUGUGUGAACGACAAAGUCAGAUGUCGUUUUUGUGGGAUCUUCUAUCCCUUACUUUUAUGAAGGAAAUAAAAUGAACGAAAUAAAAACAAAUAAGAAAAAUAACUUUACGGUCAUAUGCCUCAAACAUAUUUAUACCUCACUAUUUAAUCCAUACUGGAGAUUAAUUGCCAUUUUUUUUAUCCCGUUUGUUUUUCUAUUGCAAUCUAAAUGGCACUUUCUGCUGCGGUGGGAGAAAUUUAACACAUGCUGCUGUUGGAUUUAAUGUGAUGCUUUGUAUGAAAGUGUACAAAACACUUGAGAUUUUUAGCAGUAAAUGCUUAAUGUGCAACGUCAA